UCCCAACUACCGUAAAGCAUUAAAGAAGAAGAAGAAGCCUCUCCUUUUGCCAUUUGCGCUAACCGGAAGUUCAGUACUGCACUAUCCUAAAGCAAGACGGUUGGAGUUUGUUGAUCUUGGAGCAACUCUUUCAAAUAUGUCCCAUACCAUUCUACUUGUUCAGCCCACCAAGAGACCAGAAGGAAGGACAUAUGCUGAUUAUGAAUCUGUUAAUGAGUGUAUGGAAGGAGUGUGUAAAAUGUAUGAAGAGCACCUAAAGAGAAUGAAUCCUAACAGUCCAUCAAUCACAUAUGACAUUAGUCAGCUGUUUGAUUUCAUCGAUGACCUGGCAGACCUCAGCUGCUUGGUGUACAGAGCUGACACACAGACGUAUCAACCCAACAACAAAGACUGGAUCAAAGAGAAAAUUUAUGUAUUGCUGCGGCGCCAAGCUCAGCAGGCUGGGAAAUAAAAUGCCCCAAAUGUGCUGAUCAGAGAGCUUUCACUUUUCGGGAAAUUGGCAGGAAAGUUGGUCACUUUAAAGGGGAAACAAUGUCUAUGGACGUAAGGGAUGAUGGCCAGAUAAUUAGAUAAAUAAUUCUCAAUUCCAGUCCUGGGUGACCACUAUGAGUUCAUUAAGGCCAAGAAAAUUACUACUGGAGUUAACACCAGCCCCAAACUAACACAGUUAUUUUAAUAUGCAGAUGAAGCUAAAGACUGUUACUAGCUGAACCAGGCAGAGUAAAGUGUUUGGACUAAGCUCUACAGGCCAGUAGAUGUAUAGACUGAACUGUGCAGUAAGACUGUACAUAAGACUGGAAUUGAGAACCAGUUGUCUACAUGAAAAUGUGAUUUGGAGCUACUUUUAUUUUUAUGUGUACUGUUUUAUUUUAAAUCCCUUUUCCUGCUUCCCUUAGGUUGACAUUUUAUAAGGAAAUGUCAGAUUUUCCUCCUCCAUAAUAAAGUGGUUUUGUUUAAA